AUGCCGACCGAUAUUGAACGCAUUGUAGAUCGCAAACUAAUUAAACAGCGUGUGCAUUAUUAUGUAAUGUGGAAAGGGUUUGGUGAAGACAAUAACACGUGGGAAAGUCGCAUUGAUCUCAUGGCUGAUGGAUAUUCGAAUAUUAUCAAACGUUUUGAAGAACAACGGAAGAAAGAAUCAGGAAAAUCGACGUCAUCUCGUGGUCGCAGUCCAGGUCGUUUAUUAUCCAAGAGCCCAAGAACAAGUAAAAGUCCAGGACGUGGAGCUAGUCGUUCAAAAGGACGUCGCAGUCGCUCCCGUAGCGUCUCUGGAAGCAGGAAAUUACAUGGAAAAGAGAAUGAUGAUGAAAAGAACAAAAAGGACAUGGAGAAGGAUACGAUUCAUGCGGUUUCAAUGCGACGACGUAAUUACAACAGCAAGAACAAGAAGAAGAAUCAGGACAAGGAUCAUGGUGUAGAUGAAGAGCUAUCAAGACGUCAAAUGAGCCAGAAAUUGGAUACCAUGGAGAUAUCGUCAGUGACGCAAUUUGUAUCGCGUCUGGACGAGCAGAAACCUGAUGUGACGACGGAUGAAGAAGAUGACUCAGUGUUGUUGCGGUCGACCAUGGCAGUGCUCACCCCACGUGUACGUGAGAGUAUAUCUCCUGUCGCUUUAGAAAAGGAUGUGCACAAGAAAUCGGUGGUUUUAUCAUAUGAGCAAGAGGAGGAGCCACUGUUGAAGGCACAGAAGCGUAAUGUACCUACGUGCUCGUCCAAGGUCACCCCCAUUCAUGAUCGUACCGACCGGGUUCAAAAUGGUUUGAUUACCAAGGCGGUCGAGAGUGGUUAUCUUGCGUCAUUUUUGAGCGUAGCAGCUGUGGACGCGCGCAAAUUAGCGAAGUGGGUGGCCACUGGUUUAGCUUGGCGUGCUGCAGCGGAGCUGCUGCUGUUGAUUGAAGACACGCCUCGCGAGUUUGAGAUGUUGAUUGCAGGCUCGGCCAUUUUUGCAAAUGUGUCGCUACUCAUUGCUCUCGUGUCCAUACUUAUCAAUGGCGAGCAUGAGCAUUUUAAGGCUACACUUACGUUGCUAGCAGUCGGUACUCUAACGCUUUUCCUUUCCGACAGCUGGGCGAUUGCCACUGGGAAUGCUAAGUUGGAAUCUCGUGUCAUUCUAAUGUCAGUUGCUGUUAUGACAAUUGCAUUGUCGCCGUUGCCGACGGCAUCCGCGGAAGAUGAUCAUUAG